AUCAAGAUGGCGGCCCCCUCCAAGAACGUUUUUGCUUUGUGCUGCUGCAUUGUGAUUGUUUUCUUGCAGUGCCACGCCAGACCCCCAAAUAUCGUGUUUGUGUUGACAGAUGACCAGGAUGUUGCCAUCGGAGGUCAGACUCCUAUUCAAAAGAUCACCAAGCUUAUAGGAGAAAAGGGAAUCAUUUUUAAUAAUAUGUUUGUGUCGAGCCCCCUCUGUUGUCCUAGCAGAUCCAGUAUCCUGACAGGGAAGUUUGUCCACAACCACGGCGCCCUGAACAACUCAGUAGCAGGCAACUGUAGCAGCCAACAGUGGCAGAAGCAGGAGGAAGGAGGAGCCUUUCCCGUCUACCUCAAGAAACAGGGCUACACUAGCUUUUUUGCUGGGAAAUAUCUUAACCAGUAUGGGUUCCCCAAGACGGGCGGAGUGAAGCACAUCCCCCCGGGCUGGGACUGGUGGGUGGGGUUGGUGGGAAACUCCCGUUACUAUGGUUACAGUUUAUCUGUGAAUGGUACAGAAGAGGUGCACAAGCAUGACUACAGAACUGACUACCUAACAGACAUCAUACACCGACGAGCCAUGGACUUCCUGCGUAUCCAACACAGUGGGUCAGCCCCUUUCUUCAUGAUGAUGUCCACCCCUGCCUGCCACGGCCCCUUCACCCCCGCCCCACAGUACAGUCAGAACUUCUCCGACCGCUCAGCUCCCAGGAAUGGCAGUUUCAAUAUACAUGGAAAGGACAAACACUGGCUGAUAGAGAACGCUCUCACUCCAAUUCCUGAAAAGAUUAUUCAGAAUAUUGAUGAUAUAUUCCGUAAUAGGUGGAGGACGUUGUUGUCAGUUGAGGACAUGGUGGAGGACGUGGUCAACACACUGGACAAGAAAGGACUGUUGGACAACACCUACAUAUUCUUCUCCUCAGACAAUGGCUAUCACUUAGGACAAUUUUCUCUCCCUAUGGACAAACGUCAGCUGUAUGAGUUUGACAUACGAGUUCCGCUCAUGGUGAGAGGCCCAGGGAUCAGACCAGGCCAGAUCAGGCAGGAUCCUGUGAUGAACAUUGAUCUCGCCCCCACAUUUAUUGAGCUGAGUGGUUCCACCGUCCCCGGAACGGUAGAUGGCUUGUCCCUCGUUCAGAUGCUGCUCUCACUUCCUUCGUCAGUCCCUCCGCCGCCGUUCCGGACCAAGUUCCUUGUGGAACACACCGGGGAGUACUCCUAUGCUGUUGCAGGAUGUCCACAGUAUAAAGGACAGUUCAUGGAUAACUGUGACAGCUACUGUACGUGUGAGGACUCCCGCAACAAUACCUUCGCCUGCGUGAUAGAGCUCACAGACUCUCAGCACUACAAGUACUGCAAGAUGCAGGACUCCGUGAAUUUUGUUGAAAUGUAUGACCUUGAGAGAGACCCAGAUGAGUUUAUGAAUCUACACAAGUCAGCUGAUGCUAGCCUUCUGUCACGUCUCAGUCAAGAGCUGCAGGCACUGACUGAUUGUCAGGGGAAGAUGUGUCGGCAACUGCAACAGUGAUGUCAGUGUGACGGAGCAGGCUGGUCAUCAUUUCUUUUGAAACUAUGGUCAAUGGUUCUAUUUUUAAGUGUCCAUGGGAGUGAUCUCCCUUUGCCAUGUUUGCCAAUGUUACCAGUGACAAUCUAUUGCCAAUGUUAUUACAGUGACCUCCCUUUGUCAAUGUUGUAAUGACAGUGACCUCCCUUUGCCAAUGUUGUAAUUACAGUGACCUCCCUUUGUUAAUGCUGAUAUGACAGUGACCUGCCUCUGUCAAUGUUGUUAUUACAGUGACUUCCCUUUGUCAAUGUUGUAAUUUCUGUGACCUCCCUUUGCCAAAAAUGGAAUUACAGUGACCUCCCUUUGUUAAUGCUGUAUUGACAGUGACCUCCCUUUGUUAAUGUUGUUAUUACAGUGACCUCCCUUUGUCAAUGUUGUAAUUUCAGUGACCUCCCUUUGUCAAUGCUGUAAUGACAGUGACCUGCCUUUGUCAAGGUUGUUAUUACAGUGACCUCCCUUUGUUAAUGUUGUAAUUUCAGUGACCUCCCUUUGCCAUUUACGAUUUCACUUUAAUGGCUUGCUGUACAUGGGAAUCUUCUCCCAAUUGUGCUCAGUGGUGAAAUGACAACAUAAGGGUAGACUUGGGAGGGUAUAAAACAGGGUAAAAAUAUGACAAUUUAUUAUGUGAAAUCCACACAUGACAGUAUUUGUGAAUGAAGUUUAUGUGUAAAAAAUGUACUUAUCACAAGGGGAGAUUGGUCAGGUAAUCACCAUGUGCCUUUUAUUAGCAGCCAUAGUGUUACACAAGUAUAUUGUUGUACAGGGCUUGCUUGUAUACUCAGCGUCAUUACUGAAGGGUCACCUAUGGUGUCACACAUGAUCAUACAAUGUAUACCAACAGACCGUAUCCAUGGUCUAGUGGUAGAGCAUCCGCCCAGGGGAAGGCCUAGGGUUUUUAUCCCCUGCGGGGUUAUACCAAAAGACCUUAAAAGAUAGUACUUUUGGAUACGCUGCCUGGCACUCUGCAUUAAGGGGCUAAAACAAGGACUGGUAGGCUCGAUUCAGUACAUUGGAUCUGAGUGGGGUAUUUUCAUGUUAAACUGUGGCAUGGUAUCAAAGUGGACUAGCACUAUGAAAUCAGCAUUAGCCGGGACUAGUACAAGCAGACACACGUCACUGUAUAUGUGCAGUAAUAUUGGAUGCAAUGUUAAACCCCCUGCAUUAUAGCCGCAGUUGACAAUGAGAUUAACAGUUUAAGAUGUUCAUUCUGGAUACAAUCUGUUUAAAGUACAAUGUUAUAUCUCUCAUUAUCUGAGUGACCCCUCAAUAAUGGCAGUGGGUAUAUUACCAGCAGCUUUUAUUUUUUACAACUGUCUUGUCAUACAGGGCUUGUUAUUUUCCUGUCUUGGCUCAUACUGGUUCUGUCACACAUUCAGCCCAUUGUCAUAUUGCUGGAAAACUUCAUACUGUCAGACCUCAAACAUUUAUCUCAGGUGACAAGUAAUCCACGGUGCUAUAAUUCUCUGUGUAGAGUGGUGUCCCUUUGUGGUAUCAGAAUUCAUGGCAUUGAACCUAACUCUCUCGCUUACUGUGGGUGUUUGCAGUAAGGGAUGUGAAGGUUUAAUACCGUAUUCGAUGUAAUAAGCGCGCAGGGCACUCUCAAAAUUAGGAAUAGGGGGCUCUUAUUAGAAUGUUAUUUUGGUGGAAAAAAACAGUUGAAAUUUUUUUUUUGUGGUUUAUGCUG